UUAAGAAGAUGCUUGUUUCCCUGUGUAUGUUUACACAGUAAGCCUAUCCCUUAUGAGCUUCUAAAGACAACGUCAUCCUAUUGGGACUGGAUUUCCUGCUGUUUUUCUUAAGCCCGCACAGACGGACCUGUGUGGUGACAAGACGACUAACGCAGAGAUAGGAGUCGGUGGCAAAAUGGAUGCAUCUUCCAGCUAGCGUUCAAAGGGAAGGAUUUCGACACCAUGAAGUGGGGGAAAGGGCAGCCUCCUUCACCGAAGCCCAGGACGUGCCAUGCCAGAUAUUCCCAGCACCUAAGAGAUCAAGGAUGGAGACUUUACCUCUCUCUGAGCUCUAAGAGCCCAUACCGCUGCACUGAGAGUCACAGGAUGGUUCAACAAAGCCAAGUCUGUGUAAGAAUAUGUGCGGAAAGCAACGACGAACCCCCACCCUGCCCUUGCUGGAGGAAAAGCUGGCCAAGGCCAACUCCAGCCUUAAAGGUAGACACGUUCCCCUGAACGAUGGUUAGAAGAAAACCUCUGGAUCACGGAAGAUGAACCAACUUGAGGCAGUCAAAUCUGGGUUUUUGUUAUGCAUCGCGGUUUGCCUCUUCAUCUUUGCCUUCAUCUAUGUCAGGAAUACACUCCCCAAGGAAGCCAAUGAGCAAAAACGUUCCCUGGAAUUAGCACAGUGCGGCUUCUACCCAGAUGAGCUUUGCUCGGCUCUCUUUGAAGGCAAAGAUGCUGCUCCUCAAAUUGGCCACCUGUGCCAGCAGAUUCUUCGUGGCCAAGAGAUGUCUACCUGCAUACAGACUCCUUGCAACUGUUCAACGGUCCACAAGAGACUCCAUUUCAUUACCAGGCCACUAUCGGAAGAAGAAGGGAACUUCUCUUUGGCAUACAUUAUCACCAUCCACAAAGAGCUGGACAUGUUUAUCAAGUUACUCAGAGCCAUUUAUAUGCCUCAGAAUAUUUAUUGCAUACACAUUGACGAAAAAUCACCAAAGGAUUACAAGGUAGCUGUGCAAACCCUGGUUAAUUGCUUCGAAAAUGUUUUUAUCACUUCCAAAAGAGAGACUGUCGUCUAUGCCGGCUUUUCCAGAUUGCAAGCGGACAUCAACUGCAUGCACGACUUGAUUCAUUCCAAAACUCAAUGGAAUUAUGUCAUUAACCUAUGUGGGCAGGAUUUCCCCAUCAAAACUAACAAGGAGCUGCUACAAUACAUAAAAAGCAAAUGGAAUGGUAAGAACAUAACUCCGGGGAUUGUUCAGCCACCUCAAAUGAAAUACCGAACGCACAUAAGUUACAAUGAAUAUGCACACGCAGGAAAAUAUUAUGUGUAUCCAACAAAGAAGGUGAAAAGUGAGCCACCCCGCAAUUUGACUAUAUAUUUUGGGAGCGCUUACUACGUACUCACAAAAAAAUUUGUAGAGUUUGUACUGACUGACGAACGCGCUAAGGAUCUGCUCGAAUGGUCAAGGGACACCUACAGUCCUGAUGAACACUUCUGGGUCACUCUGAACAGGUUGCCAGAUGCCCCAGGCGCCACGCCAGAUGCAGACUGGGAUGGAAACGUACGAGCCAUCAAGUGGAGCGAUCAAGAAGGAAAAUCACACAACGGCUGCAAAGGUCAUUACGUCAGAGACAUUUGCGUGUAUGGACUUGGUGACAUAAAGUGGAUCAUUGAAUCUCCUCAUUUGUUCGCCAACAAAUUUGAGUCAAAAACCUAUCCGCUCGUCAUGGAAUGUCUAGAGAGGCGUUAUCGGCUCAAAGUACUCCAGCAGGCUGAAGUACCGUUGGAAGAACACUGGGCUUUACAGGAACAUACUUAUUUUGAUAUGAAGACAAACAUCUGAAUCCACUAUGGCCAACGUCAGAAGGACAAAAAGGCAGGAACAAAAUAAUGUUGUUUUAACGUGUAUGUUUCAAAUAGGAAAUCUGUCCAAUGCAGCACCCAAAUUCUGUAUCUUUGGACCAACAACAACAUUACA